AUGAUCACCUUCAUAUUUGACUCUUUCAUCCCUAAGGUCUUAAACCUGCUCGCUUUAAAUGAUGACCUGCCUGAGGUUGAUGAGCACUUCCGGGUCAGGCUGGUUUCAGCUGAGUCAGGUGACGGAAAACCAGGUUCCACUCCAACCAGCGGUGCCAGCAUUGAUCCAGACAGUGCCAUCAACAAUAUCUCCAUCAAAGCCAGUGACCAUCCGUAUGGCCUGCUGCAGUUUCAAACUGUCCCAGUGCCUGUGGGAAUGAUCAGACCUGUACCGGCAGAGGAAAAUGUCACUGUUGAGGAAGAGGCUGGUGUGCUCAGUCUGCUGGUGGCCAGAGCACAAGGCCUGCUGGGAAGAGUGAUGGUGGCCUACCGUACAUCUCCAGUCUCAGCUGUUCGUUCAGAAGACUAUGAGGACACAGAGGGACUUCUAGACUUCCUGCCUGGUGAGAGAGUCAAGUACAUCAAUGUAACUAUUAUAGACAACUUUGUGCCAGAGUUGAAUAAAGUCUUCAGAGUGGAACUCUAUAAUCCAAAUGGAGGAGUGGACCAGAUUUUAGUGAGCGAGGGCAGUGGAAGUGGAGAUAGUGACAAUGACUUCUUUCUUCCAUCUUUUCACUACCAUCAUGCUAACCUGGGCGCUGCUUCUCGCAUCUCUGUUACCAUCGCUGCCUCUGAUGAAGCUCAUGGGGUGUUUCAGUUCAGUGCCGACUCUCUGGCUGUGAAUGGCACAGAGCCUGAGGAAGGUAGAAGUACUGUAGUCCUGCAGGUGAUUCGUACCUUUGGCGCUCUGUCCAAUGUGACAUUAUACUGGGAGGCAGAUGCUACUUCAGAUGGAGAACUUGUUUAUAGAUCUGGGAACAUUACCUUUGAGGUGGGCCAAACUGUUGGGAAAAUCUACCUACUGAUUUCCCAAGAUGACAUCCCCGAAUUUGACAAAAGCUUCAAAGUCCACCUCACAAAUGUUUCUCAUGGUCGGCUUGGAAAUGAAACCAUUUCCACGCUAACUGUAUUGGCCAGUGAUGACCCUUAUGGACUCUUUGUAUUCUCUGACGACAGCAGGCCGGUACGUGUAGCAGAAAGCAAUGCUGUUAUCACUCUGACCAUACAGAGGAAAAAGGGCCAAAUGGGAAAAGUGAGAGUGUCAUACAGAACAUUAAGGGACACUGAUGCUGCUCCAUACAGCACACCAGGAGUAGGUCGGGCCAGCGCAGGCAAUGACUUUGUUCCUGUCAUGGAAUCAGUGACAUUCUUGGCAUAUCAAAAUGAAGUUAAUGUGACUCUUAGGGUGCUUCAUGAUGAGGAACCAGAGAGGGCAGAGUCUGUGUUUUUGGAACUUGUCAAUGUCACAUUGGUUGAAGGACUACAACCUAGACCAGUUGCUCUAUCCCCUCGACUUGGCACACGGAAUGUCACAGUGGCCCAGGUUAUUAUAGAGGCCAGUGAUGAUGCUUUUGGUGUGCUACAGCUCUCUUCUUCAGCCGUAAGCGUGCCUGAGUACUACACCGGCCCAAUUAUUAAUGUAACACGUAUUGGAGGGAUUUUUGCUGAUGUGUCUGUCAAGUUCAGAGCCGUCCCCAUGACUGCUAGAGUUGGAGAGGACUACAGUGUGGCCUCUUCUGAUGUGGUUCUGCUGGAAGGAGAAAGCAGCAAGGCCGUCCCUAUUCUUAUAAUCAAUGAUGUGGUGCCUGAGCUUGAGGAAACCUUUCGAAUUGAGCUUCUCGACCAGACCACCGGGGGCGUUCUCCUGGGAGGGCUCACACAGGCAGUCAUUACCAUCCUGCCCUCAGAUGAUCCGUAUGGAUCUUUUGUUUUUCAGGCUGUGCCUGUCACAAUAGAGGAACCAGCGAUGAAUGCUUUUGAGGUCUCUCUACCCAUAGUAAGAAACGCAGGGACUAUAGGUGAUGUGGUUGUCCAAUGGAGAGCCACUGUCAACGGUAGACCUGCUACUGGUGACCUUCGACCUGCGUCUGGUGAAGUCAGAUUUGCUCCUGGAGAAACCGUAAAGACACUGAAAGUAGAGGUCUUGGCUGAUGAUGUGCCUGAAAUUGAAGAGGUUAUAAAAGUUGAACUCAUAAAUGCUUCCAAUGGUGGGAACAUUGGGGCUGAGAAAGUGGUUGAUAUCAUUGUUCCUGCCAAUGACAACCCACAUGGAACUGUGUACUUUGAGCAAGCCAUAUACCGUGUGCAGGAACCACUGGAAGAGGUCUAUAUUGCCAACAUCACAGUUAGAAGGAGUGGUGGUACGUUAGGCUUGCUGGAGAUCCUUUACAGCACCUCUGAGAUAGAUGUUGUAAGCAAUGCUUUGAAGGAUGGCCGGAACCUUUUGCUUUACUACGAUUCUCCAUUGUCCGGAGCUCUUUCUACUGCCCUCAGCAGACCCUUUAACGUUACCUCAGCCACAAACGUCUUGAACUUCUGUGCAGCGUUCUGUCUUCGAGAGCGAGCUUGUCAAGCUUUCAGCUACACCAGUGCCCCCAGAGCAAGUUGCUUCUGGGUAACAUCUGGGACCAGCCAGUUGAGCUCUGCCCCACAAACCGUCACGUAUUUAAAAAAUACCACAGCUGCCACUUCACUGUUUAGCUCACAGGCUGUUGCAGGGAGUGACUACAUAACCAUGACCGCCCAAACAGCAAUCAUGCUUGACAGGUCAGGGAUGGCUAACCUCACUGUAACAAUCUUGACUGACUCUUUACCAGAGGUAGAUGAGAGUUUCUUGAUUAAGAUCCUGAGCGUUAACUUGAUCAACAUGACCACAGCUACCAAAAACUUGCCAGCAUUACAGCAGCCUGACACAGCUGUGGUAACUAUAGGGAUGAAUGGAGAUGCGUUUGGAAUAUUUCUCCUUUACAGCAUUAGCCCCAAUGCAACUGAAGAUGGAUUGUAUCUGGAGGUGAGAGAGAAUCCAAGAACCUCAGUGUUGUUGGUUAUUGAGCGGAGAGGAGGCAGUAUGGCACAGGUGACAGUUGAGUGGAAGUAUGUUGGGGGCACUGCCACACCCAAUGCUGAUUUCAGUGGAAUGGGGGAGAUAGUUAUCUUUGCAGAGGGUGAUGUGAAGAAGACCCUUGAGAUUGUCAUCACAGAUGACAUGGAACCUGAGGACAAUGAGACCAUACAGAUUGGAUUAGUAAGGACUGAGGGUGGUAGCCGUAUCCUACCAAGUUCGGACACAGUCACCAUCCUUAUCCUUGCAAAUGACAAUGCAGCGGGUGUGGUGGGCUUUCACACAGCCUCGCGAUCCUUUAUUGUCAAAGAGGGUGAGAGAUUGCCACUGCUGGUGGAGAGAACUGCUCCUGCUAUUGGAAAUGUCACAGUGGAGUGGAGGAUUGAAGGCCCUCAAGUCUUAAUGACUUUUGUAGACAUAUCAGGAACUCUCUUUUUCUCUGAGGGUAUGCUAAAUAGUACUAUAAUCUUGAAGUUGCUGGAGGAUAACACACCAGAAGAAAAACAGGAGUACAGGGUUAUUCUGUCGAAUAUACAAACUAAUGGAGUUACCAAGACAGGCAUGGCAGUUCUGAGUGUCCAGGGUCGUGUAGCAGUGGUGAGCGUGGAAGCUAGUGAUGAGCCGUUUGGCCUUCUCAGCAUCACCCCAUCCUCCCUGAUGAUAACCACAGAGGAAAAAGACACGACUGUCAGGAUUUACAUAAAUAGAGAGUUUGGUGCAUCAGGCGCUGUGAAUAUAAGCUUUGAGACUGUGAGAGGUUCUCUGCAGGACCUCACACAGACUGGUGGAGCUCUGGCUGAACCAGGACAGGAUUUUAAACAUGUCUCCAGUUCUGUGAUUAUGCAGGAUGGACAAACAUCCGUGUCCAUCCCCAUCACUAUUAUAGAUGAUGACAUACCUGAGUUGCAAGAGUUUUUCCUUGUCAAUAUAACAUCGGCUGUUCUCAUUACCACCCUCCCCACUGGACCCAUACUGAAGAUUUACUAUACAUUGAAAGAUACUGAUGGUCUUAUGGCAGAGAUUAGCAUUGACGCUAAUGAUGGAAUCCAAGGGAUUGUUGCCUGGCAAAACAUAAACUGUGUUGUAAAUGAGACAAUCAGGGUUUUAACUCUUGUGGCCUACCGAGAUGCUGGGACAUAUGGAAAUGUAUCCUUGUUCUUCUAUGCCCAGAAUCUAGAGGCUCAAUUGGGUCUGGAUUUUAAUGUCACUCCAUCAAUGAUCAACUUCGCGGAUGGAGAGCAACACAAAUUUAUCGAAGUGCAGAUUUUAGAUGAUAACAUUCCUGAGGGGGACGAGACGUUCCAGCUAAUCCUAGCAAACCCAUCUGUAGGGCUGGAACUAGGAGAAAACACUUCAGCUACCGUGACUAUUCUGGCCAAUGAUGAUGGCAAUGGAAUAAUUUCCUUCAAUAAUAUUGAGCAUUUCCUGUUGAGAGAGCCCACCUCUGUAUCAGGUCUUGGGGAGAGUGUGGCUACCCUCUACAUCUUACGAGACCCUCCUCAGGGCACAUUUGGCACUGUAACAGUCCAGUUCACCAUCACUGAUGCCAAUGGAUCUCUUUAUACUGAUGAUCUCACACCUUCCUAUGGCUUUGUGGUGCUUGAGGAUGGAGUCAGAUUUAAGACAUUGGAGAUUUGGGCUGUUCUGGAUGCAGAGCCAGAGGUGAAUGAAACAUUCAUUGUUACACUGUCUAGUCCUACUGGAGGUGCACGGUUAGGACACUCACUGGAGACUUUCAUCACAGUCCUGCAGAACCAGGCUCCUCUAGGGCUCUUCAGAAUAUCACCGUCAUUCAACAGGACUCUGGACAGUAUGACAGUAGAAGAAUACAAUGGAAGAGUGUUUCUCACCGUGUCUCGCAGUAAUGGACUGGAAUCGGCAGUCAGCGUGGAAUGGGAGACCCGUUCAGGCACAGCAUUUGGGAUGAGGGGAGAGCAUCCGGUGCUGGCUGUGUAUCAGUCUGUCGGGGACAGCUUUGCAUCAGUCUGGUGUCAAGUGCCCAAUGAAGAUUCUACUGUGGUUCUGAGGCUGCUCAAAGGUCCAUCUCAGAACCAAGCUAUUCUGUACAGGUGGCAAGGGGUCUUAGUGCCUGUGGAGUUUAUCAGUGUCGAGAGUCCCAGCUCUUGUGUGGGUUUUGCAGUAAACGGUUCCAGCUAUGUGGCAGUGUCCCAUGCACAUAGCACCAUGCCAACAACAGCCAGAAUCAGCUUAUAUCAUCUUCAGGCAGAUCUUAACCUCACUCACGGACACACACUUUCUGUGAGUGGCUUUGGUAUUAAGCACUUCUCUAUUGAAACGCAGCAAUAUUUAAUUGCUUCUAGUGAGAUCUUUGAGUGGACUGGUGACUCAUUCUCUCUCCAUCAAAAUUUGGGGUUACAAGGAAUUACCACAGUCACACCCUUCAGAGGAAGCAGUGGUAGUUUACAGCACCUGGCUGUGUGCAUGAACAAAACCUCAGAUACGUGCCUCAUCUACCAGUGGAGUAAUGGACAUUUUCAGAAACCUCAAUCUCUAACAGUCAAUGCAAGAGUCAAACAAGUGGAGUCAUUUGACAUGGGAGGAGAUACAUUUCUUGCUGUUGUUACUGAAGGUCCAAGCUCCACAUGUCAGAUGUUUAUGUGGGGUUCUCAGCAAAGCUUCUUCCUGCACUCACAAUCCAUCCCAUUUCCAGGCCUAUUUUCUGUCCACCCCUUCACCCCUCCUUCUGGAAUAUCUCAUGUUUUGCUUGCGGGUCUAAAUGGUUCGACCCUAUAUGCUUGGAGGUCAAAUCAAAGACAGUUUGCUGAAGUUUUGAAGUCUCCAUCUGCACAAGAGUUCCUAUAUGUACCUGUUCGAUCUUUCAAUUUGACCAAGAGUCUCAUCCUAGCCACUGGAGAAUCAAACUCGGUUUUAUAUGAGUUGACCUCAGUUUCCAACCAGUCUGACUUCAUCCCCAAUUCAGGAGAACUGUUUUUCCAGCCUGGUGUGCAUGAGCUCGAAAUUGCAGUGAAUGUGAUUGAUGAUGAUGUUUCAGAGGUGGAAGAACAUUUUCGUGUCAGCCUCAAGAACCCCAAAGGAGGAGCAGAGAUUGGCUUUCGUGGUCAAGUGACCUUGUUUAUUCCUGCCAAUGAUGAUGCUUAUGGGAUAGUGGGCUUUGCACAGAACUCUUUAAUGCGUGAUGUGGAUGAGCUAGUGGAUGAUAACCCUGUGUCUCUGACCAUUGAGAGGAGGAGAGGCAGGUCUGGCAGACUGACAGUACACUGGAGAGCCUAUGAAAAUCUGGAUGACAUUUUCCCCACUUCAGGAGUGGUGACGUUUUCUGAAAGUCAGGCUGUUGCUACCAUCUCUCUGAAUAUAUUAGCUGACGACAUUCCAGAGCUAGCAGAAAAAGUUUCCAUUGUCCUGACCAAGGUCACAACCAUUGGCCUCAUUGAUCCAUCCAGAGGAGCCAUGAUCGACCCUCAGCGUGGCCAAGCAAACCUCACUAUUAAAGCCAAUGGUUCUCCCUAUGGAGUAAUCGGUUGGCACCUCGAUUCCCAGUACUUCAUCACACCAGAACCUCAAAAGAGCCCAAGCAAUAUUACACUAAGUAUUGUGAGAGAUCAAGGAGCAUCAGGGGAUGUAUUAGUUCACUACACAACAAAAGUGGCCCUCCACCUGCCUCCUGUCAAUCAGGCUAGCGAAGGUGUUGACUAUGUGGCAAAGGAGGCCACAGUCAUCUUGAUGGUGAAUGCUACUGUUGUUCUGGUCACCAUCACUAUCCUACCCGAUGAUAUUCCUGAACUGGCUGAGACGUUCCUUGUAAACAUCACUGGAGUUGAACUGGUGGGUAUGAACACAGGAGCUGGUCAGCCCAGUCUGAGGAGGCCCGGUCUGGAAAUAGCUGAGAUCAUCAUUCAAGAGAACAAUGAUCCAAGAGGAAUCCUAGGUUUCAACGUCUCGAAGGGUUUGUCUGGAGAAGUGCUGGCUUAUGAGGUACCACCACCUGGAAACAUCCUACGUCUGGCAGUCAUAAGAACAGCUGGUCGCUCUGGUCGUGUGGUGCUCUACUGGGAGGUCCAAGCAGUCACAGCCAACACUGAGGACUUCAAUCCUUCCUCAGGAAACCUCACCUUUCAAGAUGGACAAUCAGUGGCCAAUCUUGAGAUCACCAUCAUUGAUGACACAAUUGUGGAGUCUACAGAGACUUUUAUUGUAAAACUGGUUCGUGUCGUAGGAGGUGCCCAGUUGGGGAAUGAGACAUCUGUAGUUAUCAGCAUCCCAGCCAAUGAUUCGCCCUUCGGUCGGUUUGGAUUUGAGGAGCUAAUGGUCUCUGUCUCUGAGCCCAGCUUUUUGAAUGACCCUGCUUCUGUAGCUACAUUGACUGUAGUGAGGAGUUCAGGAGAAGGUGGGGUUCAUUUGAUCUGGCUUCUGCAGGAAGAGGGCAAAGAAGACUUGAUCCCUCGCAAUGGGUCUCUCGUGUUUAAUGGGACUGAAUCGAAGAAGACUCUGGUGAUUCAAGCUUUAGCUGAUGCUGUCCUUGAAGGAGAGGAGAGAUUCACAAUCCAGCUUCUAUCCGCAAAGGCUGAACCAGUUAUUGAUCCAGUUAGAGGUGUUGCCACAGUUGUUAUUCAAGCUGAUAUGGGGGCACUGGGAACUGUGGGAAUAGCUGAUUCCAGCAGAAACAUCAUGAUUGGAGAACCAGUGGGAAAUUACAAUGGAACAGCUCUGAUCAGUCUAGUAAGAGGUCCAGGUAUCUUUGGUGAGAUAGAGAUCUACUGGAGCAUUACCCCAGCAGUGGAAACAGAGUUUGAGGAGAACUCAGGCAAAGUCAUCCUAAAAGAUCGCCAGUCUGCUGCUACAAUUCAGCUUAAGGCACUAGAUGAUGAGACCCCAGAAGAAAAAUGUGUAUAUCAGCUAAGCCUGACCUCUCUAACACUGGGAUCAUCAAUCAACCCUGACAGACAAAAUGCCUUCAUUACUAUGGCUGCUAGUGACCUUCCUCAUGGGCUCUUCUCAUUUUCUCAAUCAUCUCUACGUACCACUGAAGAGGACAGAGCGGUAAAUGUGACCGUUGUUCGAUCCAUGGGUCUGUUUGGUAGCGUAUGGGUAAGUUACCACACAGAAGGUAGAACUGCGGCCAGUGGACAAGAUUUUGGACUAUCUUCUGGGCGACUCCUUUUCAGACCUGGCGAGGCGUUGAAGGUUAUCACACUCACUAUACUUGAUGAUAACCUUCCAGAGGGACCGGAGGAUUUUUUUCUCAAUAUUACUCUAGUGGAACUUCUGAAUGCCAGUUCAAUGGAUUUUACAGUGAAAGAAUAUGGCCUUCAGUUUGACCAGCCUCCAGCUGUUGGCAAUCUGUCCUCCAUCAUGGUGAUUAUCCAGAAAAAUGACAAUGCUGAGGGCAUCCUAGAGUUUGACCCAAACUAUGUCAACAUCACUGUUGAAGAGGAUAUAGGAAUUAUGUCCAUCCCUGUAUUGAGGCGUAUUGGAUCCUAUGGGAAGGUCACAGCAGAGUUCAUUUCAAGAGGUCUGACAGGCCACCCUGACUCAGAUUAUAUCCUACCUAAUGGAUCCAUCACCUUUCAGCAUGGCGAGACCUAUAGUUACAUCAACGUAUCCAUAGUGGAUGAUUUGGAUAGUGAAUUGACUGAGAUUUUUGAGAUGCAACUCACUGGUGCCACAGCAGGUGCCAUACUUGGAGCUCACUUAAUUGCAUGGGUCACAAUUGCCAAGAGUGACUCGCCAAGUGGAGUUGUACGAUUCAUUAACCAAAGUGCUAUCACCAUCCCAAACCCCAACAGUAUUCUCAGACUGAGCCUGCUUAUAGAGAGAGCAGAGGGAGUGCUUGGAGAUGCCACGGUAACAUGGCACAUUCUUGGUCCAAACUCAAAUGAGGUUUUGCCAUCCGUAAACACGGACAUAGGUGAACCAGUGAAUGGGUCGUUCAGUUUCAGAGAUGGGGAGGGGGGAGUUCGCAGCAUUGAGCUGAAGAUUCUGCCUCACGGUGAAGUGGAGGUUGUGGAGAAAUUUGUUGUUGUGCUCAGUAUCCUGUCUGGAGAGAUGGAUGUUGAUCCCAAAGCUAGAUCUGUCACACUUAGCAUUGAUAAAUUUGGUGACCCCAAUGGCAUAGUCCAGUUUACAGAGCAGGACCUGAUAGAGCAUGUUUACAAUGAGCCUUCUUACAGUGACGGGCCACUUUCAAUCUCAGUACUUAUAACACGCAGAGAGGGUGUCAUGGGCAACAUCACAGUUUUCUGGAAGAUUAUGAGUGAUGCAGACACAACAGGAGACUUUUCCAGCCUACACGGUUUUGCCACAGUCCUUGCAGGGCAGCGUGUGGCAGAGAUCAUCCUCACCCUGUUGCCCGACUCUGUGCCUGAGCUGGAGGAAUCCUACACUCUCCGUCUUAUGUCUGUGGAGGGUGGUGCAGAACUAGACGCAAACCGUAGCAUUAUUAUUUUGAAGGUCCGGGCCAAUGACGAACCCCAUGGGAUGUUUGCCCUCUAUCCUCAAAACCAGUCCGUGGGAGUUAACGUAGCAGACCGAAGCAGGUACCUGAUUAUCAGUGUCACUAGGCUGGCCGGGGCGUUCGGCAAUGUCAGUGUGGUUUAUAGAAUCAGUUUCACCACCCCUGGACAGAGUUUUACAGAGGAUACAAUUACUGGAAAUAUACUGGUGAAGGAUGGGGAACAGGAAGCUAGUGCUAAAGUGCCAUUGAGUAGCCAGGUGUUCUUUGCCACGGGCUUUAACUUCAAUGUGGAGCUGAAAAAUGUGACUCUGAUUGGUCCUCUGCUCAGCUCCCCUCCCAGAAUUAAAAUGGAGUCGAAUCUAGCCAUUGUCUCUGUUCCUGAGGUGGCAGCUAAUGCUGAGGUUGGAUUUGCGUCUUUAGCUCUCUCGGUCACAGAUGUAGAGAGUGGCCAGUGUGAGGCUCUGCUGAGACGGAACGGCUUAUAUGGGAAUGUAACUGUCCGAUGGAGUGCUGGAUUCCCUCCUGGACAAACACCAGCAGGCUACCAGCCAGGAGACAUCUCACCCAGAUCGGGCAUGGUAAUGCUUGCCCAUGGUCAGCGGGGUGAGGUAAUACAUUUCAAUGCUGUUAAUAACACGUCAGGUGUCACAGCACAUGCCAUUUACCUGACCUCAGUGGAGUCUGAUUCACCUGGAGGAGCCAGAUUCAGACCUGGUGACGCAGUAGCUGAGGUGGAGCCAUUGGGAUUUUAUCAGUUUCACCCUGAUUCUCGGCACCUCGUCAUCAAGGAGGACGUACAGACCAUCACCCUUCACGUCCAACGCCUUUACGGCUUCCGUAGCAACCGUUCCAGCAUCUCCUAUGAGACAUGGCCUGGUAGUGCCCAUCCCAGGCAGGACUUUGUACCAAUAACUGACGGCCAGGUUCUGUUUGAUUCCCGCCAGUCAUCUGCUGUCAUUCGUCUUUCCAUUGUAGAUGAUUCCCUGACAGAGCCAGAUGAGAAUUUUUAUGUUAACUUAACCAGCGUACGUGAUCUUAGUGCCAGUUUGCCUUUAGCCGGAGCUCAGCCUCACAUUGUAUCGCAACAUGGCGUAGCUACGAUUACCAUCCUUGCUAACGAUGUGGUUGGUGGAUUCUUGAGUAUUGGGCCUGCGUUAAUUCGCAUUUCUGAAGAUAGCCAGGAGGGGGCGCCUCAACAGAAGUUAGCCCUGAGGGUCUGGAGGACAGUAGGGCUCACUGGAAUGGUCAGUGUCAAAAUCAGGGCCUAUACGGGUGGCCUAAAGAGCCAAGAGGUGGAUGUAGCCCAGUUUCAUCAGGAGCAUAAUGGAACAUGGGCCCUGGAAGGGGAGGACUUUGCAUUGGAGACUCAGAUCAUCACAAUGUUAGAAGGCCAGAACGAGGUGGAAGUCAGUGUUGUUAUACUGAAUGAUCCAGAACCAGAAGGACAAGAGGCGUUCUUUAUCUACCUCAGCGAGGCUGAAGGCGGAGCAGAGAUUGUCAGUGUGCCAGAUGAACUGGGGCUCACUUCCUUUGCCAAAAUCAUUAUUCUGGGGAGUGAUCUUCAGAAUGGUAUAGUUGGCUUCAGUUUGAGCUCACAGUCAGGACAGGUCCUGGAUGAGGACUCGGAGAACAGGACGAUCGCGCUCUUUCUUCAGAGGCAGGAAAACAGAGCAUUCGAAGAUGUGUUGGUGUUUUGGCGGGUCACAUUUAGCACGACAGUUCACUCUACGGUCGAUCAUGCAGUAAAUCUGACCAGAGAGCUGCAGCAGACCUCAGGCACAGCACUUUGCAGGAAAGGAGAAGUACUUUGCACCCUCAGAUUGGAGGUUCGGCCUGAUAAGGAUCCAGAGUACCAAGUUUGGUUUCUGGUGGAGGUCUACAAAGUGGGUGAGGGUGCUGCCAUAAACCAGACUGCCCGCUUUGCCAAUGUCACCAUGCUGGAGAGUGAUGACCCACGGGGGCUGGUGUACUUCGCCCAAGGAUCCAGACUUCCCGUGGUCACCCUUAGAGCCACAAGUGUUAGUCUUCAGGUCUACAGGGAUGCCAAUACAGCGUCUGCUAUUUCUGUCAAGUACAGCAUGCAGGAACUUCAGAAAGCAGAGUCUAUAGGUCCCACUCUGAUCUGGCCUGCAGUGGUAGGGCAAGACUUCAUUAGGGCAGAGGGUACCCUGACAUUUGAUAUUGGACAGAGAAGUGCCAACCUAGAUGUGGUCCUCACACCUGACUUCGGUUCCUCCAACCCAACACCCAAACGUUUCCGUGUAUUUCUUUCUGACGCCACUGGUGGGGCCCGGGUUCACCCAGAAUUUGGGUGGUCUAAUUUGACUCUGGUUUCAGACUCUGAGGCUCAGGCGAUUUGGGCCCUGCUUGACCAGUUGCAUCAGCCUCUGGAUGAGACCAUCAUUAACAGAGUCUUGCAGGGGCUCAUCGAUAAAGUUAGUAAGGAUAUCACUCAGGAGCAGCUAACAGCAGUGCUGGAUGCACUAAACAAGAUAUUGAAAGAUGCUGAGCAGACUCCACUAAAAGACAGCAGCCGUGGCUUGACUUACGACCUCCUGUGUGCCAUGGCGAAGCCCAGUCGAACAGAUACACGAGGUCUGAGCCAGCUGGCUGAGGUGACAGAGCGUUUUGCCUUCACACUGGUCACAGACACUGAGUGUGGGGCAGAAGGAAAGAGAGGCAGAACCAUACUGGACACUUGUCCGUAUUUCAACAUAGCUGCUCAUCACUGGUACCCCACUCAGAUCAAUGGCCACACGUUUACAGGAAUUAACACAGAUACGUUUACCCUGCCUGGGACCCUGCUAGAAGUGCCGGCCCUACCUGCAGAGAGCAUCGCCCUGUCGGCUUGCCGUAAAGUGCACUUUACUGAAUACAGUACUGAACACUGGUUUCUCACCAACACCAAAGCCAGCGCAUUAAACAACAAGGUUUUUUCUGUCAGCGUGCAGAGUAGAGGUUCUAAACCCCUCGAUGAUGGACAAGAGGUUGUUUACCGUAUACACACACCAGACCGACGCUGGAAACUUCGCCAAUCUCUGUGCCUGUUGUGGAAUCAGGCUGCUGAGAGCUGGUUAUCUGACGGACAGUUCUGUCGGGUGGUGGACGAAAAUCAAAAUUUCGUCGAGUGUGCCUGCUCACAUCUGUCUGUCUACACAGCAUAUGCAGAGACAGGAAGCUUGGCUUCAUUCAAUGAGGCAUUCUAUGCUGCAGGAUUUAUUUGUAUCUCAGGGUUUGCCAUGGCCAUUGUGUCACAUGUGCUAUGCUCUAGAUUCCUCAUGUUUGCUGCCAAACUUCUUACACACAUGAUGGUGGCCUGCUUAGGGACUCAGACCAUGCACGCUGAGAAACCCAAUAACAAGACUUUAGAUUCAAAUGCAUGCAGCUAG